CGCCAAAUUUCUCUCUUCUCUCUCUGUGCUCUCCGUCUCUCUCUUCACCCCAACUAAUUGUGAAUUCUAGAUUUCAGCUUCUACUGUCUAUGGGGUUUGUGAUCAGAUUGCUUAUGCAAUCAAGGCUUCUUGAAAGUUUCUAAUCUUGAAGGGAAAUAGCACUGAGUCCAAUUUUUGUUAUGGUUCUUCCUGGCAGCUUUUGAUGAUUUCAGGUGGAAUGGAUGCAGAGUGCAAUAUUUUGAUGACUGGUGGUCUCUUUAAGGAAGAGGGGAGCUGUCUGUUCAUUUAGUUGGGUUUUAUUCUUGUGUUGGGCAUGAAGAAGAAGAGUCCCCUUUUUUGAUCAUGUACCAUGCCUGAAAAGCCUGAGUACUUAUUUUUGUGUUGUUAACCAUGGAGUGCAACAGAGAUGAGGCCGUCAGGGCCAAGGAAAUUGCUGAGAAAAAGAUGCAAAACAACGAUUUUGAAGGGGCUUGGAAGAUAGCACUGAAGGCCCAACAACUAUUCCCUGAACUUGAGAACAUAUCCCAGCUGCUAGCCGUAUGCAGUGUUCACUGUUCAGCUCAAAACAAGAUAUGUGGUUCUGAAAGAAACUGGUAUGGAAUCCUUCAAGUGGAAAGACUGGCUGAUGAAGCUACCAUCAAGAAGCAAUACCGAAAACUCGCACUCAUACUCCAUCCUGACAAGAACAAGUUUCCUGGUGCAGAAGCUGCUUUUAAGCUGAUUGGGGAAGCAAAUAUGGUGCUUUCAGACCAAGGAAAACGAACUUUAUAUGACAGUAAGUGUAGGGUUUCAGUGAGAACUGCAGUAACAAGGCCGCCACCUCAUCAGGUAAAUCGGAAUCCAUUUGUCGGGAAACCAUAUGGGGUCCAGCACAAUAUUCCAAAUGCUCCUAAUUCUCAAUUUGGGGGCUUGAAUCAGCAUCAAGCAACACAACCAGAUUCAUCCAAUGGUGGACAAACUUUCUGGACAUGUUGCCCUUUUUGUAAUGUCAAGUACCAGUACUACAGGGAUUUUGUUAACAGAGCUUUGCGUUGUUCAAAAUGCCAAAAACCAUUCAUUGCCUAUGAUUUAGGUGCUCAGGGUGUAUCCACCGGAUCCAACUGGGGCCAGCCUGGAGCUCAAGGUGUGCCUCCUGUAUCCAACCGGAGCCAGCCUGCAGUUUCUCAGCAGAAACAGGUUCCAAAUCAGGGGCCUUCUAAAGUGGCCUUUCGGGGAAAUCUUAGCAGUAGAGCAGUGGCAUCAGAACCAUCAAAGGUUGAUGCAAAAGCCAGGGAAUCAGGAACUUCAAGAAGCAGAAGCAGUAAAAGAGGGAGGAACUUCGUAGUGGAGUCCAGUGAAAGUUGUGAGACUGCCAGUAGUUCCGACUCAGAAGGUGUGAAUAUGCAAGAUAAUGGUGGCAAUUUUACUGCUCAACAGAACAUUCCUGAAUUCAAUGGUGUACAUCAUCCUAGAAGAUCAUCUCGACAAAGGCAGCAUGUUUCUUACGAUGAAAGUGCAAGUGAUGGUGACGACUUUGUGAGCCCUCCAAAAAGGUCUAGGGGUAGCAAAUUAUAUAGUCGUGCUGAAGAGGAGCAAAAAGAAGUUUUGAAAGAUAAACCUAAAAGUGGUACUUCAACUGGUUUUAUUGCUACUGCAGACAUGGAUAAGGGAAGAGUCAGACGAAAAGGAAGUGCCCUUCCAGGAGGAAGCUUUCAGGACAGUAGUAGUGGUAAGUGUCAGGCCAUCGUAGAAGAGGAUGUUACAUGGGAUCAAGUUGCUAAGACAUCCAAAGUCAUGGAUGAUACAGAAUCUGAUCCAACUUAUGGUUGUUCUUCAGAUCCAGAGUUUUAUGACUGUCCUGAUCCUGAAUUCAGUGACUUUGAUAAGGAUAAAGAAGAAAACUGUUUUGCUGCUAAUCAAAUAUGGGCUUGCUAUGAUACAGUUGAUGGCAUGCCAAGAUUCUAUGCUCAUGUCAAGAAGGUUUUCACACCUGGAUUUAAGGUGCAGAUCACUUGGCUGGAGGCUGACCCAGAGGACCAGCACCAGAUUGAUUGGGUAAAUGUGGGCUUACCUGUGGCUUGUGGCAAAUUUAAACGUGGGAGCUCUGAAGAAACUUCGGAUCGACUUACAUUUUCUCAUCAGGUUCACUGUGAAAAAGUUGCAGGUAGAUGCUCUUAUGUGAUAUAUCCCAGGAAGGGGGAAACUUGGGCCCUCUUCAAGGACUGGGAUAUCAGAUGGAGCUCUGACCCUGAAAGUCAUAAGCAGUACAAAUUUGAAACUGUGGAAGUUGUCUCAGAUUUUGUUGAGAAUUCUGGCAUAAAGGUUGCUUACUUGGAUAAAGUGAAGGGGUUCAUCAGCCUGUUCCAGCAAACAACCCGGGAAGGGAUUGUCUCAUUUCUGAUACCACCCCGUGAACUAUUUAGGUUUUCCCACCGAAUUCCCUCGUUUAAAAUGACUGGCAGGGAAAGAGAAGGUGUUCCAAAAGGAUCUUUUGAACUUGAUCCUGCUUCCCUAUCUCCUGAUCUUAACGAGUUUUGUCGUGCUGAAGAGAUGGAAAUGGAGACUGGAAGCAUGGAUGUGAAGGUCCUUGGUUCAUGUCCUAAAUCUCCCAAACAAAAAUUGAAAUCCAUGGUGGGUUCUGAGAAUACAAACACGCCGAAGAAGUGUGUGGACGUUGAACUGAAGAAGGGUUUUGAAAGGGAGGCAUCUAAACUAAGAAGAUCUCCCAAGGAAUUAAACUGCACAGGAGUUGCUUCAUCGGAUCAGGGUGAUGACGAAAUGCCCAUAGAUGAGACAAGUCCCUAUAAUUUUAUGAAGAACUCUAGCAUUCCUCCAUCUUUUUCUACUGGUCUCAAAGUUUCAGAAGAAGUGUUUCACAACUUCAUUGGCAACAAAUCUGUGGAGAAGUUUGAAAUUGGUCAGAUAUGGGCACUGUACAGUAGUAAGGAAGAGGGGUUGCCCAAGGAAUAUGCUCAAAUUAAGAAGAUUGAAGAUUCGCCAUUCAAAUUGCGCGUAGCUCUGCUUGAGCCAUUCAUUGUGCCUAGAAAUACAGUGCAGCCUCUUUGUUGCGGGAUGUUCAAAGUCCAAAAUGCAAAAACUAAACUAUUACUGCCCAGUUCCUUCUCGCAUAUGUUGAAAGCAGAAUCUAUUGAUAGAAACAGUUAUGAAAUCCAUCCCAGGGAAGGAGAGAUUUGGGCGCUCUACACCAAUUGGAAUGCUGAGUUGUCAUGUUCUGACCUGGAGAAUUGUGAAUAUGAUAUAGUAGAAGUUCUUGAUGGUAAUAAGCACUGCCCAAAAGUUUCAUCGUUAGUACGUGUGAAUGGUUUCAAGUCGGUAUUUAAGGCUCCAAGAAGUCUGCAAUCAAGUACAGGUAUAAUGGAGAUACCACGGGGUGAGUUAGCCAGGUUCUCUCAUCAGAUUCCUGCUUUUCAGCUCACGGGAGAGAUAGAUGGCUACCUGAGAGGCUGCUGGGAGCUUGAUCAUGCAUCAGUACCAGGUAAUCUGUUUUGUGUAAAUUGAAGAAGCAGGACGGUAAGACCUAGGAUCCAGCUCCUUUGAUUAGGCGUUUCAUGUGAAUAUGUGGGAUCAAAUUAGGAGAAACUAUGAAUUAUGAUUUAUUUUACUUCUCUUUUGGUUAUUUGAUGGAAUCAAACAUUUCCUAUAGGGAUUUUCAUUUUCUGGCAGAUAUUGUGGAUAGAACUUUGAUAAUUUGAUUUCUUAUUGUUCUGUUUUAUGUUCUUUCCUAGUUUUUGGUUUUUAAAGUCGAGCAUUCAUUUAGCUUUGGUUUGUUAGAGGUUGAAAGGUGGUCUGGCUGGCAUCUUGGCAAACUUGAAAUACAGGGGUACCUAUUCUUUGCAUUGGAAGUAGCUGUCUGCAACUUCUUUUUUGGCAAUAUAUCCGGCCUUUUCAUCU